AUGUUAGGAGGUGUUCUAAUCUCACAUCUACAAGCAACAGCACCACAAUUGUCUUUCAGAUCAGCACCAGAGGACUGGAAAUGUGAAAGACUAGCAUUCCGGAGACGUCUUUUAAUUGUUGCAUAUGACACUGGUAUUUGGCAGCUAUAUAAGGAAGAAGCCAACUCUCUGAUCUUUCCAGCACCUGCUCCACAACAGCCGGCAUGCAAAUCUCAAGAACAUUUUACGUUCAACCAGUUAUACAAAGCUGGAGACAUUAUGCUAGGUGGUAUAUUUGUUGCAAAUAUAGUAGGAAUCACUCCGGAAUUAUCUUUCCAGUCAAAACCUGGGCAGUGGCUUUGCAAGAGUUUAGACCUCCAUAUAUUUCAAAGGUCGGUGAUGAUGAUCUUUGCAAUUGAAGAAAUUAACAAAGACCCAAACCUUUUGCCUAAUAUUACACUGGGAUACCGAAUAUAUGACAACUGCAUGAAUGUAGAGGUGGCCCUGAGAGCAGCCAUGACACUGAUCGCUGGUCUGGAUGAUGUGAUCACUGAUUACAACUGCACGGGUGUUCCACCAGUAGUGGCCAUUGUUGGGGAUCCAUUGUCAAUCCAUUCAAUUGCAAUAUCAAGAUUACUUGGUCUUUUCAGAAUGCCUUUGAUCAGUUAUUGUGCCACCUGUGCCUGCUUAAGCGAUAAAGUAGAGUUUCCUUCGUUCUUUCGGACAAUUCCAAGUGACACUUUCCAGGUCAAAGCAAUUGUUCACAUUCUUAAACAUUAUAAUUGGACCUGGGUAGGUAUUGUAGGAAUUGAUGAUGACUAUGGAUUUUAUGCUAUUGACAGCUUGAACAAAGAAGUCAAAAAAUUUGGCUGCGUUGCUUUCUCUGAAACCUUCAAAGUCACCGACAGUGCAAAGCUAACUUAUAUAGCUAAAGUUAUAAAGCAGUCAACUGCCACUGUCAUUGUUGCAUUUCUGAUAAAAGCAGCAGCCACUGUCUUUGUAAAUGAGAUCUCAAAGCACAACAUCACAGGCAAACAGUGGAUAGCAAGUGAUUCAUGGAGUGCCUUUCACAUGUUUGCUAGCAAUGAGAAGUUUGGUAUCUUCGGUGGAACAUUAGGUAUUGCUGUACGACGAGGAGACAUCCCAAACCUGGACAAGUUCCUUCUUAGUACUCGUCCUACUUCUGAUCCUGAGAACAUGUUAAUAAAUAAGCUGUGGGAAGAACUGUUUGAGUGCAGGUUUCCAACAAAUAGUACUUCAUCAGAUUCAUCAGGAACCAAAAUAUGCACAGGCUCAGAAGAUAUUGCCAGCACAAAGACAGACUACACAGACGUAACCGACCUGAGAACCUCAUAUAAUGUUUAUAAAGCAGUUUACUCCUUAGCACAUUCUCUUCACAAUUUGAUGACCUGUGAAAAUGGAAAAGGACCUUUUAAAAAUAACACAUGUGCAGAUAUAAAAAAUGUUCAACCCUGGCAGCUAUUCCACUAUCUGAAGAAAGUAGAUUUCAUUGAUCGCUUAGGAAAGAGAUUUGCAUAUGACAAAAAUGGAGAUGCCAUACCAGCUUAUGACAUCAUCAACUGGCAGCGUUUGGAAGAUGGCACUAUGAUAAGUAAAACAAUUGGUGUGUUUGAUGAGUCACCUGCUAGUGGGUAUCAACUCUCAUUCAAAGAAGAAGAUAUAUUCUGGAAUUUUGUAUCUAGAAAGGUCCCAGAUUCAGUCUGCAGUGCAAGCUGCCCAGCAGGUACGAGGAAAGCCACUAGGAAAGGUGAGCCAAUCUGUUGCUUUGACUGUGUACCCUGUGCUGAAGGAGAAAUCAGCAGUGAAAUAGAUUCCACUGAAUGCAUUCAGUGUCCUCUAGACUUCUGGUCAAAUCAUGAGAGAACCAAAUGUGUGGUGAAAGUGAUUGAAUACUUGUCCUAUGAUGAUGCAAUGGGAGGCACAUUAACAAUGACAGCACUUCUAGGAGCCUGUCUCUCAGUUUGCGUUUUUGCAGUUUUCAUGCAUUAUCGUAAUACCCCUGUUGUAAAAGCAAACAACUCUGAAUUAAGUUUCCUUUUGCUGGUGUCAUUAACUCUGUGCUUUCUGUGUUCCCUGUGCUUUAUUGGACAGCCAUCAAAUGUUACUUGUAUGCUGAGGCAUGUAAUGUUUGGAAUCAGUUUUGUGCUCUCCAUUUCUUGUAUUCUUGUCAAAACAAUUGUUGUCAUAAUGGCAUUUAAAGCUACACUGCCUGGCAAUAAUAUGAUGAAAUGGUUUGGGGUUUCUCAGCAGAGAGGCACUGUAUUUUUCUUCACCUUUAUUCAGUGUUUAAUUUGUAUCAUAUGGUUGGUCACAACACCCCCCAUCCCUGCUAAGAAUAGUAAAUAUCAAAAUGCCAAAAUUAUAUUUGAGUGUGAUUUGGGGUCUCUGACUGGAUUUAGCUGUCUCCUCGGAUACAUUGGGUUGUUAGCUUGCAUUUCUUUCUUUUUAGCAUUCCUUGCGAGAAAUCUCCCAGACACUUUUAAUGAAGCCAAGUUUAUCACUUUCAGCAUGCUGAUCUUCUGUGCAGUUUGGAUAACUUUCAUUCCUGCUUAUAUAAGCUCCCCAGGGAAAUAUACAGUUGCUGUUGAAAUUUUUGCAAUUUUGGCAUCCAGUUUUGGCCUACUUUUUGCUAUUUUUGCACCUAAAUGCUACAUUAUUCUAUUGAGACCAGAACAAAAUACAAAGAAGGCCCUGAUGGGCAGAUAAAAUAAAUCAAUUUGAUGAA